UUUUAUUUUAUUAUAACCAACAUUUGAUUAUCCUUUGUUUAAAAAGAUUUUCUAAAAAUUAUACACCGUUCGCCGCUCCUUAGUGUACAGUUUAACGUUAUCCGAUGAACGAAUUCUGUUUUAUAUAUUUGUGAUUAUAAAUUAUCUUAAUCGCUCCAAUUGCUCUAGAAUACGUUCUAAAGGAACUCGGGGUGGUAUUGAAUCCGGUGCUUGCUUAAACCGGUAUUAUACUAACGGCUUAGAAACAAUAAUUCAACUCGUCGAGUUCAUCAAAAAUGAUUUUGUCGUGUAAAUGUUUGAAUGUUCAAGUUGAGACCAAAGACGAACCAAUAAGAUUUGAUAAACGAUCAUUGGGUGGUGGUUAUAACACAUAUUUCUUUUCUAAGGAGUUGCUUUGUAGUGAGGUGAUAAUUGCUACCAAGCGUCAAGACUGUAUGAUUCACGAAGAAAAAGUACACGGGUGGAUCACAUAUGAAUGUCUAAAUUGUGAUAUGUUGUGUUACGCUGAAUCCACUGAUAAAGAUGUAUUAACAAUUUUGAUUAAUCCCGAAUUAUUGACUGAUCCAAAACAAAUACAAGAGUUAAAAAAUUCCGAUUGUUUUUCUCCAACUUAUGAAAUUUUUAUUAAUUGGACUGAUGAUACUAAUCAAAUAUAUUCUCCUCGUUCAUCUGCUCUUUUACCUCCAAAAAUCAAAGCACUACAACGACAAAUGAGCGAAAAGGUGGAAAAGGAAACAAAACUGGUUGAGGAAAAAAUUAGAAAAUUUACAGAAAAUCAGUACACUGCUUUAGAUGAAUUUAGAACUAAAGCACAAAAUGACUAUCACGCCUUAGCUAGAAUAAUAUCUGAAAAAGAUAAGUUGCCAAAAUUUGAAAAUUCACCUGCUCGAACAAGUUCAAAUAUAAAUUCAUCUCCUACACAAACGUUACCAAAACCAGUUAUUACCACGCUCAAAAAUAAUCCAACAAUGAAUUUAAUGGAUUUUACAUUUAAACCUUAUACCAAGGGUAAUGAAAAUUCUACCCCAUCAAAAGCUAGUCUCAUUAAAAUACCUUUAGUUGGGGGAAGUAAUGAUAGUGGAUUACCAAAAGCAUCGUAUGAUGCAGAAGGAUUAUUUCCACUUGAAGAUAUGGAUAAUUUACAAAUUGAUUGUGCUUCUGAUGAUGAUCUUUCUGAAUCAGAAGGAGAAUCAGGAAGCCAUGAUGAAGGUAUUUACAUUCCACAUCAUAAACAAUUGGAAAUGGCUACUUCUUUACCAGUAGAUGUACCCAAAUUUAUGGUCCAUAGUGGUAGUGUACCAAGUGAUGUUAAUCCUCGAAUUCCAGUUGGACGUGAAUCUGAAAAUAAAACUGAUAUUGCUGCUAGUAUUAGAGCAUUAGCAAAAAGUGUUCAUGGUGAUAGAAUUUUCGGAGAAUUGCCAAGACCACGCCUAGGAUCUCAAAUAUGAAAAAUAUACGUUACUUUUUCUGUUAAAUUAUAUUUAUAUAAAAUAAUAUAAAACUUAGUGUCUACAAAGUAUGUUUUCCAAAAUUGCUUUUUAAAGAAUCAAAACAGGUGAUUCAUUUAAAUGUUUAUUUUCUAAAUUAUAAUUGAUCAUAUUUAAUUCGCUUAAAA